UGGGAGGAGCGUUCAAAUGAGGAUUAGUGUGGUUUCACCUAUGUGUGCGCCACGGACCAGGUUAAGUAGGUGUGUUACGUGCAGUACUACAGCAAACUCACGGUAGGAAAGUGGGACAGUGUGGAGCUGUGAGCAAGAAAAAAAGAAACACGGAUGUUCAUUCCUGAGAGGACGUACUGAGCGUUUGUUGUUGGAAACCUGCUGCUGCUGCUACUCUGGUGCGCUCUCGCCUAAACAGAGGAUCCGACCGAGUCCGACGGACGAGAAUGAGGUCCUUGUCCGCUUAGCGGCCCGUCCCUGCUGAGGAUGGUUCAAGGAAGGUCCUCUGUGGUUAUUCCUGUUUCUGUGGUUAUGGUCGCGCCCAGCGAGGAGUCAAGAAUGUCCUCCUUCUCCUGCCUAUGACAUGGUUUAACCCACGUACAGUCUGGUCACCAUGAUGGCCUCUAUGGUUGCCAACGGAAACCGAGACGGGCAGUCUCUGGUCUUGAAAGGGGUGGAUCCAGAGACCUGCAUGAUUGUGUUCAAGAACCACUGGGCUCAGGUGGUGAAGAUCCUAGAAAAGCAUGAUCCACUGCGCAGCAGCUCCGCCCUGCCCUCCCUGGCGGUCAUCAACCUCAGCACCGGCUCCGGCGGCUCCAGCCCCCGUUUCGGCCCCAUCCCCGGGGACGAGGCGAACGCGGUGCAGAACUAUGUGGAGCACAUGCUUUUCCUGCUGAUGGAGGAGGAGAGCGGCCAGGCCGGAGCCAUGGGCCCCAUCCUGGAGUUCGUGGUGAUGGAGAACGUGAUGGAGCGCCUGUUCGUGUGGAGCCUCCGCAGGGAGUUCACGGACGACAUGAAACUGGAACAGCUGAAGAUGUACGAGAUGCUGGUGACACAGGCGCACCAGCCCCUGCUGCAUCACAAGCCCAUCCUGCGGCCGCUCAUGAUGCUGCUCUCCUCGUGUGCGGGCACGGCGGCGCCCGCGGUCGAGGCCGAGCUGGUGCUGCUGCUCCACCAGCUGUGCUGCGUCCUGGCGAAGGACCCCUCCAUCCUGGAGCUGUUUUUCCACACCAGCGAGGAUCAGGGAGCCACGAACUUCCUCAUCUUCUCCCUGCUCAUCCCCUUCAUCCACAGGGAGGGCGCAGUGGGCCAGCAAGCCAGAGACGCCCUGCUGCUCAUCAUGUCGUUGUCGGCCGAGAACGAACGAGUGGCCAAGCACAUCGCAGAGAACACCUUCUUCUGUCCGGUCCUGGCCACGGGGCUGAGCGGCCUGUACUCGUCUCUGCCCACCAAGCUGGAUGUUCCCAACGAAGAGUGGCACUGUCUGCACAAAGAGGACUGGCUCCAGAUGCCGUCGCUCGUCCAGUUUCUCAACUCGCUGGAGUUCUGCAACGCCGUCAUUCAGGUGGCUCACCCCGAUAUCAGAGACCAGCUGGUUAGUUACAUCUAUAAAGGAUUCCUCGUGCCUGUCCUCGCACCAGCACUCCACAAGCUCACCCUGGAGGAGGUGAUGACCACCACGGCGUACCUCGACCUCUUCCUGAGGAGCGUAUCUGAGCCGGCCCUGCUGCAGACGUUCCUCUCCUUCAUCCUCCUCCACCAGCACGAGACCGUCCACAUCUUAGAUACCCUGGUCAGCCGUAUCAACACUCCCUUCCAGCUGGGCACCGUGUCACUGGCCCUUUUCCGCACUCUCAUCGGCUUAUUCUGUGAAGACGUGAUGCUGCAGCUCGUACUGAGGUACCUGAUCCCCUGUAAUCACAUGAUGUUGAGUCAGAGACGUGUAGUGAGGGAGAGGGACUUCUACUCGAUGUCGGCAGCCAAGAUCCUGGCGUUAACGCCGUCCUGCUGCUCUCCUGAUCGCAGCCCCCCGCCUCUGCGACAGCUGGACUCCAUCCUCUUUUCUAAGGGUGCAGAUCCUCCCCAAAACUCUGACAGCGCAGAGGGAAAAAAGAGCUUCCUUGAAGAGGAUGAUGGCUCGGGUAACUCCUGCACCAUUGGGUCCGAAAUCUACCUAGACGUCAGUUAUCUUCAUUACCUCUACGAUGCCCGGCUCAGCAUCAGCGACUGCAUCCGGGCCUGCCAGGUUUGGUCGGCACCGUACGAUGGCGAGAACCCACCUCCUGAGAAAUACCAGCCGGGCGUCCUCGAGGAUCCGGCAAUGAAGGGUCGACCGCCUCAGGUGGCUCUCAAGAGACUCCCGCAGCCGCCGGCGCCGCAACCUCGACCGGGCCUCCCGCCAAGUGCGGAGCCGCCUUCCGCCGUCAACCAGCUGGAGCUCGAGUGGGAUGAUAGUUAUGACGCGUGCCCGGUGCAGACUGAUGAGGCUCCUGUGGAGAAGAAACCUCCUCAGAUGCCUCCUGCCGAGCUGCCAAAGCACAUCCAGGACAUGAGGAGAACAGCCAUCAUGUUGGUUAAAGGCUCGUACAUUGAGGAAAACGAGUUCCAGGACGACGUCAUGGUGUACGACCUUGUCGCCAAGAAAGACAGCAGAGAUGCCGAGGCUGCAAAGCGCAAACCCAGUGGUUCCCAGUCAGAAGAGACCCAGCAAGGCCCAGCAGACGUUCCUCUAAAAAACGGGCUCAGCCUAGCGCUUCCAAGCUCGCUUACAGCUGAUAACGGCAAGAGCAGCUUGGACGCGAAGGCUAAAGGUGAGACGGACUGUAACGCCAACCUCCAAAGCACGGGUACUGUUGAGCUGGGUGACGACCUCCUGGCUCAGUAUGAGGAGCUCAUUCGUACUUUGGACACUGAAGCUGGAGUCAAAGCGGUCAAAGCUGAGGCAGAGUCGAAGAAGCCUGUCGCACCCGUGGAGGAUGAGGAGGAUGAAGAGGAGAUGGACUUCACCUCCUUCACCGCUGAGACACCAGAGACAGACAAACUGCAUCCACCGUUUGGAGUGUCCAACAAGUUCCGCAGCGGAAGUAUGACUCGAAACUACUCACUGCCUUUUACAGGUCCAUUUGUCAGCGUGCUGUUAUCUCGUCUGGAGAAUAUGCUGUCCAAUUCAGUUCACGUCAACCUGCUGCUCACGGGCAUCCUGGCCCAGUUGGCUGCUUACCCCCAGCCUCUCCUGCGCUCAUUCCUCCUCAACACUAACUUGGUUUUUCAGCCGACUGUUCGAUCCCUUUACCAGGUACUAGCCUCCGUGAAGAACCAAAUAGAGGGUCAGGCUGCCAGCAGAAAGGACUUUCAAGACCAGAUCACUGCUGCCCAACACUGGCUUCUGGCUAGGGAGGCGUCGUUCAUGGCAACAGACAUAAACACCAGCGGCGGCAGAGGCUCCAGCCACCACGACGGGGGGAGGAUCCUAAAGAGUUCACCACCACCGAAACCCAAAGCCAUCUCUCUGGAUCAGACUGAAGUCUUUGCUACCGUCCUCUUCACAGAGUUCCUCAAAGAACUGGCUGCAAUUGCACAAGAGCACUCCAUCUUAUCUUACAUUCCUAUGGAAGAGUAAUUGCGUCCCGGUAGGCCUCUGUGAUGACUCCAGCCGAACUCUGAAAGAUUAUAAAAUUCUCUUUUGAUACUUUUUGUCCUUUUCAGACACUACUUAAUGAGGAAACCUCUGAACUAUUUUUAAUAAAUAUAUAUAUUUAUUUUCCAAUCAAAACAGUCUUUUUAAAUUUCCUCUUUUUAAACUUUUAUUGUAAAGUUCGAGCUGGAAAACCUUGAACUGUUCGGCGGAGCCCGCACCAGCCGAUGAUCUCCGUACGGGGGCGAGCUCCGGGUCCUCCGACCAAAGACCAGACAGAGAGAUGAUUAGACAAACAUCUUUUUUUAUUUUUUUUUUUCUAUCAAACAGCAGCCUUCAAGGUUCCGAAUGUCUUCAAAAAACCAGCUCCAACCACAGCGAAACGUCUGCUUCUCAGUUUUGUAAACUACUCAGGUGGCCUUUUAGGAGUGUUGCCUUUACGCCGUGGGAUUGCAUUCAGUGCUGAUGUGUUAUCAGACCUUGUAGCUGAACAGCGGCAGCGUUGGCGACGUCAUGAAAGCACAUCCAAACUUUAUCUUUAUGCAAAAAAAAAAAGAAAGAAAAAAGUAUGGUACGUGGGAAAACCGGUUGAUCACUUUUGUCUGUUCACAAACUGGUGUCUGUGUUGAUUUCUGUUUCACACUGAUGGUACCUCAGGACUCCUCAAAUGCACGCUCUGUUUUCUCCCUUCUUGAAACGGCCUCGGGUGAAGCGGUUUUCCUACUUCGCGCCCACGUCCACGCGUUCGUGCACCAGCUCUGCGCACACUGUCAGAACUGAGAGCAGCACAAAAAACAGGGAUUUUCAAUGCUAUAUUUAAUUUGCCUUACUUUAGUGGUGAUUUGUAGAAUGUACAUAUUGUAAGAAAACAAAUGUGGAGACGUAGCACGCUAUGCAAAUCAAGCACGUUUGGGGUUAUAAUUAAGUUUUGCAUAUUUUCACAAUGGGAAGGGGUAUUUAAGCUUUUUUUUUUUUGACAUUUUUUUUCCAACACGGUUGUAUCGGAGUUCUUUUUAGUUGAUAGCUUGUCAUCACUAUCUUGUGUUUAGGGGUUGUGUUGUUUUUGAGUCGUAGUUUUGUAUCUGUUGGAGCAGAUUACCGAGGGCGACGUGUUGUGAGUCUGCAGUUUAAUCCAGGUAUUGCACACGAUUGUUGGAACGGACGAUAAAUACAAGAGUUAUAUAUUUUGUUACAAAGCAUAUUUCGAUAAAAAUGAACUCGUGCCCACGUUCAGACUUCAGUUCACACUUUAAACACUAUGAGGAAUACAAAUCCUACUUUUUCCACUUCAUUUUUCAUUAAACUCCUGGAAAAAAACGACCCGUCACUGACCCUGAUUGCCUGAAGCAGGCGAUACAUAUGAAGUAAUGUGGGCAGAGAAUCAAGACCUUUUAUCUACAUUUUAUUUUUACUGAAAUCAUAGUUUGGUCUCUAGAUAAUCCCCCCCCCCCCCCCCCCCUCACUUAAAAAAAGCGAUUCAGAGACAAUUGCCUGCUUUAAGUAGAUCGAAGUACAAGUGUAUGUGGUAACCCUUUGAACUGAACUCAGUAGACCAAUGUUCUCGUCUCACGGGUUUAGCUCAGUAGAUGAAGCGCUGGCUUUAACUUCAAGGUUCAAAUCCGACAUGCGUAUUCCUGUUCCCCAUCUAAAUCCAGUCUACUACUAGAUGCUAUGCAGGCAGCGGGUGAAUUAUGCAUCAGAAUAUUUGUAUGCUAUUUUUUAUUUUCAAACAACAACAAAAAAGGUUUAGAAAUGUAUAUUUGUAUCAGUCGGAGCUGUUUUGAGAAUUGUUUGAAUAACUCUCUGAAUGUAUCAGAGCACUUUAUCAGCCUUGUCAUACCACAGUGCCACUCAGUCUGCGUUAAGCACAGCGCGACAGUCACUGCGGCAUGAGUGCAAUCAAUACAACCAAGAAUAUGGACCGGCCUCUGCCUGGUCUUAUAUUCCAAAGAUUCGUCCUUUCUCAUGGCACUGGGCCUGUUUCCUGUUCGUGAUUUCACCAGGUUGCUGUUCGUAGUUGAUGUAUGAAAUACAAUGGUAUGCCUCUUUUUAAUAAAGCAAAAUUCUGCUAAAUGAAA